AUGGGGGCUUUGUCUGCAGCCAGCUGCUGUGUGCAGGAGGCCUUUGGCUACGACAGAUCUUUGGUAGCUUCUGGCAAGGCCUUGCAGUGGAAGACGGCCCUACAACUCUUGUCGGAGAUGCCGCAAUCAACUCUUCAAUGCGGCGCUCUUCACUGCACUGUUGUCAUGAGCGCAUGCACCAAGACAAGCCGAUGGCACAUGUCUCUGACUCUGUUUUCCAGCAUGCUUUCGAGCCGCAUCGCUGCAAGUCUAAUUGCCUACAAUGCCGCCAUCUCUGCCUGCGAGAAGGGCAGACUGUGGGCCACAGCACUGGCGAUUUUAUCCUUGAUGCCCAUGUGCCAGAUGCAUCCAGAUGUGUACAGCUUCAGUACCGCCAUCAGCGCCUGCCAGAAAGGUGGCGAGUGGCAAAUCGCCUUUCUGCUGUUGAACCAGAUGAUGCUUGAACGUAUCUCGCCGAACCAAUUCAGCUUCAACGCGGCCGUCAGCGCCUGUGGAAGCCAGGGCUUCUGGGAGCUCGCCCUGUGCCUACUGUUGGACAUGGCUGAGCUCGGAGUGCUGCCGGAUGAGAUCACCUUUAACGCCGUUAUGAGCUCCUGUGAGAAGAGCGGUGAAUGGCGCGUCUGCUCACAAUUGCAUUCAGAGAUGCUGGAGGCGCGGCUUCAGCCGGAUGCCAUCACUUUCAAUGCAGAGAUCAGCACCUGCGGGCGUGCAGCGCAGUGGCAGCGGGCGCUGGAGAUUUUUCGCCGGAUGCCAGCUGACAUUGUGGCCCCCAGCGUGGUAAGCUUCAAUGCAGCGAUCAGCGCAUGUGAGAGGGGUCUUUGCUGGAGGACUGCCCUUCUGCUGCUCUGGAACAUGCAAGACCAUGAGUUGAGACCAAAUGCCACGACCUUCAAUGCGGCCAUCAGCUCCUGUGAGAAGAGCCUACGUUGGGAGUGGGCUCUGCAACUGCUUUGGAAUAUGCAUGAGGCUGGAGUUGAUCAAGAUGAGAUCAGCUUCAACGCCGCCAUCAGCGCCUGUGAAAAAAGCCAGCAGUGGCAGAUGGCUGUUCUUCUCCUGGCAGCAAUGCCUUUGGCUGAUGUUGAGCCUGGGACAAUCAGCUUCAGCUCAGCGAUCAGCGCCUGUGAGAAGCUUUCUCUCUGGACAUCCGCCCUGGCCCUGUUUGAGGACCUCAGCGCCAGGGCAUCUCCGGAUGUGAUCUGCUUCAACGCCUUGCUGAGCGCCUUGGAGAAGAGCCAGAGAUGGGAUCUGGCUCUUCAGACGCUCAAACGCAUGUCGGCAGCCGCGUCGCAUCCCAACCUUGUCUCCUUCAACGCCACCCUCAGCUCGCUGGCGCACCGCUGGGUGCAGGCCAUUGCGCUCUUUUCGCAUCUGCCGACGGGUUCGCUGGUGCCCGAUUCUAUCAGCUUCAACGCAACAGCCGGAGCCUGCGAGAGGGGCGGACAAUGGCAGGUUGCUGUCGCUUUGCUGUCGCACAUGGUGCGCACGAGAAACCCUUGCAUGGUGAUCAGCCAGAAUUCUGCUAUCAGCACCUGUGAGAGGCGUGGGCAGCAGUUCCACCGCUGGCUGCCGCCCACGGCUUCGACGCGGAUCUCAGGGCCAAGGACCUGA